AUGGCCAGCACUAGGGUCAUUGGUGCUGCGCUCUUGGUUUUGCUCCUUGUGGAGCUCUCCUUUGCUGCUAGAUCACCAAAGGCCAUUAGGGGUACCGGUGGUGGCGGUGGCGGCGGCGGAGGUGCUGGAGGGGGCAGUUCAACUUCUGGGUCGGGGUUUGGGCAUGGUUUGGGACAUGGGUAUGGGAGUGGUUCAAGGUAUGGUACUGAAGGCGGAGGCGGUGGAGGUGAAGGAGGGGGCGGUGGCGGUGGAUAUGGUGAAAAGGGUGGUUAUGGGUCUGGAUAUGGGUCCGGUAGUGGCUCUGGUUAUGGGUCUGGUGGUGGCAAAGGAAGAGGUGGAGGUGGAGGUGGAGGUGGCGGUGGUGGCGGUGGCGAAGGAGGUGGCGGUGGUGGUGGAGGCGGCCAUGGUGGUGGUAGUGGCUCUGGUUACGGGUCAGGUUAUGGGUCCGGAUAUGGUAAAGGAGGUGGGGGUUCACCAUGA